AUGGCUGCCGCUCUGAGAUUCACCUACCUUCCCAUCAUCCCCUCCCCAUCCCCAACCCCAACCUUCACGAUCCUCACCCACACCUCCAUCGUCCUCACCGCUGACCGGGUCCCUUCGAUGACAACCGUCGUCGGCCUGGGCCCGAGAGCGGUCUCCUACACCACAGUCUACGUCACCCCGACCACCUCGACCACCUUGGCCCCUGAGGUGCCUGAGCACCGAGACCCCGUCUACGGCGACCUCACCUGGUCCUACGUCGUCCUCCUCUGCGUUCCCUUUGUCGUCCUCGCCGUCGCCCUGUACAGCAACUACCGCGACCGCCAUCGCCGCGUCUUCGACCAAGACAUUGAGAUGCAGUCCUUCCAGAAGUUCUGGUUCCCCUGGCGCGAGCUCGAUCCGGGCGAGGUACCCAACGAGGUAAGCAGACCCGCCGCCGCCGCCGCCGCCCAAGGCCUCAGCCGGAAGGAACGCAGAUACGCGUGGCACCCUUCCGACGACGACCCCAUGCCCCCCGUGACUAUCUACAGCGACCCACCCUCCUGGGGCCGCCGCCACUCGUGGUGGGAAGUUGCGGCCUAUCAUCCGGCCUGCCCGACCCCCCUGACGUCCCAACGCAGAAGACAAGCAGCCGUCGCUGACUACUCCGACAAACAGAUCUACGGCCGAACCGGAUCCCGCCGCAACGCUGACCCAGAGGAGCUCGCCAAAGACGGCGACGAGACCGCCAGCGACAACGACUCCGUCACCGCAACGACCGGCCGGGCCUCUCCAAACAUCGGCCCCUGGAGCAGCAGUGUCCGCGGCGGCGGCAACGCCGAGUCCGCCAGCCCGAACCCCUGGGCCGCCCACAUCCCCUCGUACUACGGCAACCUCCCCCUCCCCGUGUCCCCCGUCUCCAAGCGCUCUCCCUCUCAGGGCACCGGCGCCGCCGGUGCUGGCUCGAGCAACGCGGGUGAGGCGCAGGUCCCGGCUGGGAUCUCAACGACUGUCCAGCGCCGCGCCGACCGAAGCCGCAGCCGCUUCGACCUCUCCUCCGAGGACGAGGCCGGUGGUCAGCCUGCCGAGCCGCAGCACUCCUACUAUGCCGACCCCAGCACCCGAGCCGGCAAACAGCCCGUCAAGCCCUAG